AUGAACCGUUAAACUGACGAAGGGAAGGAUGUACCUGCUGAUGAUGAUGAUGUUGAUCCUGCUGAUGCUGAUGGUGAUGCUGACACUGAUGCUGCCUGACAGAUCAUCUUAGACCAUGGCUGACGGAUACCUGCCUGAGAGCCACAUCUGAGCCGCCCCCAUGGCCGUGCUGUGGCUGCGGGCCAUAACACCGCGAGGCCGCCGGGUGUACCUGGCAGCGGCGACGGCCCUGUGCUUGGCCUCGGCGACCCUGCUCAUCCUGCGGUCCUGGGGCGCCCGCCUGCCCCUGCGCACCCUUGAUCUGACGGAGGAGGGGUACCAGUCCUCCUCGCAGUACCUGGAGGCCAGUUACCUGCGCUACUCUAAGCAGGAGUGGGAGCAGCGCAUCAACAGGGAGAGUGCCAAGAGGAUCACCUGGUUUGUGCAGGUGUCAGACCUUCACCUCCACACUGGCGCUGCAGAGGAGGUGCAGCACUUCCAGGAGUUUGUGGAUGAUGCCAUCACCUUGCUCAAGCCCUCGGCCGUGGUGGUGACAGGUGACCUCACCAACAGCAAGUCCUUCGGGGUCAAGCUGGCCCAGCUUCCGCAGGAGUGGAGUCUAUACAAGCGCUCGGUGAGAGACAGGUUGGUGCUGCACAACACAACACAGUGGCUUGACCUCCCCGGGAACCACGAUAACUUUGACGAGGUUCAGCACGCUCACUUCAGGGCCUAUGCAGUACAGACGGGUCUUGGGAUCCCUGGGCGGAGGCUGGGCACGGUGGUUCCUGGCAGCGAGGGGCGGAACAUCACCCUGCUGCCUGUUGAUGCCUCCCUCAUGCCCGGCCUCAGGGCUUUCAACUUCCUCGGCUACCUCCCGGAAGAGGAAUACUUGAGGCUCCAGGAGGCUGCCAUCAAGGCGCGAGCCAAGGGCGACGUGGUGGUGUUCUAUGGCCACUACCCGAGCAACACCAUCAUCUCCCCCAGGGAUGUGAUGAAGCUGCUGUCCCUGGGGGUGGUGUACAUCUGUGGCCACCUACACACUGGCUAUGGCUUGCUGGACCCCCUGUGGGCUAGACACCCCACGGGCCUGCUGGAGGUGGAGCUGGCAGACUGGUCCCAUAACCACAGGUACCGCAUCCUCUCGGUGGACAAUGGGUUGGUGAACUGGGUGGAUGUGGCGCACCCCUCGUGGCCGGUGGUGAUGGUGGCCCGUGUCCAGCGCUACACCAAGGGCCAGGGAGCCUUCAGAUACAUGCUGAGGCUCCUAGUCUUCAGCAACGAGGAGGUGCUGGCGGUGUCCGUGAGGGUGGACGACAACCUGGGCCACUGGAUCACCUGUGAGCACCGCUACGGCCCGCUCUACACCGCCACCGUGGACCUGCAGCUCGAGGCGUGGGACCCUCAGAUCUCCGAGAAGGACUUUGUCAAAACCCUGCAGGUGUUGGUUGGUAAUGCAUCGGGUAGCAAGUCUCUCCUGAGGGUUGGGAUGGAUGGUGCCGGGUUUGAGCGGCCCCUUCCUUCCCUUCUGGCAGCCUCCGUCCUCUCCAUCAACUUUCAUGAUAUGUUCCUGUUGCUGUAUGUGCUUGGCAUUGGUUCCUGCUGCCUGUUGCUCCUCUCCUGCUGUGUCCUCCUGGUGCUGGUGAGGAGGCAAGCGCGAUGUGUACAGAUGCUGCCCAAGAGGUUCAUCGCUGUGGCCGCCAGCCUCAGCCACAAGCAGACUGUGUUCUUCCUUCUCCUGGUCUUCCUCCUGUACCCUGCAGUAGGUCCGUGGUACAUCGGGCCGCUGGCAAGGGACGUGUUUGGAGCAGUCUUCAUGUGGGGGAUAUUCGUGGAGUCGUCAACGCUUCCCGGUCAACUCACGUACCCUGACGCUUACUUCCUGUGGAUCACGCUUCAACUUCCAGUCUUUGGCAUCAUCUUCCUGAAGAAACUAUUGAGUUACGAGUCCACCCGUCACUGGUGCGGGCGGUGGCUGGCGGGCGGGAUGGUCUUUACCGUGGCCCUACAGGUCCCGGCGGUAUUGGCGUGGCUCAUCCUGGACUCCAUCCUACUUAACGGCCCACUGAGACUCCUCCUCACACUCCUCGCCCUUGUGCUCUGGAGGCUGUGAGGAGUGAGGUGAAGGGAGGGAUAUGUGUCAAAGAGAGAGAGGGAGAGGGAUGAGGAAAAGGCUGUGAGGAGGAAAGUAAAAGAGGAAGUCUGAAAAAUUGUGACAGAAGAGAUUUUGAGAUGAAAGAAAAGAUUGUGAAUUGAUGAAACGAAAUUGAAGAUGAUGAAGAAGCAGUUUGUGAUGAUAAGAGCAACAAGAAAGAGAGAGAAUAAUGGAAAUACAAGAAAUAAGAAGAUAUUUGGAAAAGGCAUAAAGUGAGAAGGGAGGAAGUUCAUGAAUAGGAAAAAUAUAGAAAAUGUGCAAUAAUGAAGAAAAUGAGAACACAAGAAGAAGAAUAAAAGAAUAAGAUGCAUAAAAGAAAAAAAGAUGAAGAAGGGAAGAGAAGAAAGAUGCAAGAAAGAAAGGAGAAGGAGUAAAAGGUUGAAAAAUAU